UGCUGUCCUCUCACGUGCGCCAUAUAUAUCCUAAUUCAUUCUUACCCCUUAACUUCUCUUCAUUUUAACCUCUCUCCACACACACACACACACACACAGAUAUACAUAUAUCUAACUUUAAUAAGAGGGUUUGCUGUAUAAUGAUUGUACUCUGCAUAUUAAAGCAAGUCACACAAGCCCAUACACUAGUAGCAAAGUUAGAUUCAUUAGAUAACAUAGUACACAAAAGCUAGAGAUGACUUUAGAAGCACUUUCUUCAAAUGAAUUCCUCAAUUUCAUCAUCUAUGACACAAUCUUUGCAACCCCAUAUACCUGCAAUGACUCUAAUUUCUUAUUUGAAAGUGGCCAGCAGAAACCUCAAGAACUCAGCGGUGCUGCUUUGGAGGAUGGCUGCUCCUCCAUAACGCGGCGGAGCCGCUCAGCGGUGCCACCACCGGAAGCCGGCAAGAGGCCACAUAAUUUGAGUGUUCAAGGCCGGAAGAAGAGCAGGAGAAGAACGAGAACUUGCAAGAACAAGGAGGAAACUGAGACACAGAGAAUGACACACAUUACGGUGGAGCGAAAUCGCCGGAAACAGAUGAAUGAGCAUCUCGCCGUCUUACGCUCCCUCAUGCCGGAAUCUUACGUCAAAAGGGGUGACCAAGCCUCAAUAGUUGGUGCUGCUAUAGAAUACGUGAAGGAGCUUGAGCACCUCCUGCAGACACUUGAAGCUCAAAAACUUGUACUACUACAAGGAGGAAAGACCUCCAUUGACACCACCUCCACCACCACCGACACUGCCGCUGCUACCACCACCGCCACCGAAGUUGUGCCACACUCUUUUGCUCAAUUUUUUGCACACCCUCAGUAUACCUGGUCUCAAAACCCUAAUAAGUACACAUCAAAAUCUAAGGCUGCAGUGGCAGAUAUUGAGGUCACUCUGAUUGAAACCCAUGCAAAUCUUCGAAUUCUCUCUAGAAGAAGCCCUAGGCAGCUCUCAAAGAUGGUUGCCGGUUUUCAGACAUUUCACCUCACCAUCCUCCACCUCAAUGUCACCACUUUGGACCCAUUUGUCCUCUACUCAAUCAGUGCCAAGGUGGAAGAAGGAUGCCAACUCACUUGUGCAGAUGACAUUGCAGGUGCAGUUCACCAAAUGCUUAGAAUAAUUGAGGAGGAAGCAGCUACAUUAUGUUGAUCAUUUCUAGCUACCUAUAUGUAGCUGCAUGCCCUAGCUAGAUCGAAUCACCAAAAAUCACCCUUCUCUCCUCCUUUUUUUUUUUUUUUUUUCAACAAUCAAGUAGGGUUUUCAGCUAGUGAACUAGUAGGAUUCCAUAUGCAUGUAAUGUAGUACAUGAUCGAGCCUUUGGGGGCUGUUUGGUAGAGAACUUGUGUGAAUAAUUGUGGCAGUUAUGUUAUAAAUUGUUUAAUAAA